AUGGAUCGCAGAGGAAGAGGCUCGAACCAGAAGCGCGGUCCCCGACGCGACCGCCGCGAUGCGCCGUACAACGAGUCUCCCAGAUCGGGCCAGCCCGCGUCGGCCCCGGUAGCAUCAGCAACAGCAGCCGCCCAAGCAACGGCGCCGCCUCUCACCGAGCCUGUCCCCCAAGAUACACCGAGAUUCGCCGAUAUGGUCGGCGUUGACCAGUCUCUGGUUCAGGCCAUCACCCAAGAUCUCAAGUUCAACCACAUGAUGCCCGUUCAGGCCGCUACCCUGGGCGAGCUCCUCCCUCCGAAGCGCGGCGAUUGCCUCGUCCAGGCGAAGACCGGCACGGGCAAGACGAUCGCCUUCCUCCUCCCCGCCAUUCAGACCCUCAUCACGAACAACCGCGGCCGCGGCGCCGGAAUCUCUCUGCUCGUCAUCUCCCCGACCCGCGAGCUUGCCAUGCAGAUCGCCAAGGAGGCCGAGGCCCUCCUCCAGCGCCUCAAGCAGUACCGCGUAUGCAUCGCCAUCGGUGGCACCAACAAGGACCGCGAGGAGAAGCAGAUUCUCAACGGCUGUGAUAUCCUCAUCGCCACCCCCGGUCGUCUCAUCGAUCACAUGUCCAACGAGUACAUCAAGGACGCCUUCCGCCACCUCGACACUCUCGUCCUCGACGAAGCCGACCGCCUCCUCGAUAUGGGUUUCAUGCCCGCCCUCAAGGACAUUGUCCGCGCUCUUCCCGAUAAGACAAAGACCAACCGCCAGGGCAUGCUCUUCUCCGCCACCAUUGCCUCCCACGUCGAGCAGGUUGCUGGCCUCGUCCUCUCCCAGGGCUACAAGUUCAUUUCGACCAUCCCGGCUGGCGAGGCAAACACUCACGAGCGCGUGCCCCAGCACCUCAUUAAAGUGCCCAACUUCGCUGCCGUUGCGCCGGCCAUGGUCGGUGCUAUCCGCGAGGAGGCUGCGCACGUCGGCCCCGAGACUUUCAAGGCCAUCAUCUUCGCCCCAACGGCCGCGCUUGCCGACUUCUACGGCGACGUCCUCAGCAACGUGCCCGGCAUGCCGCCCACCGCCGUUCUGCACUCGCGUAUCUCACAGAGCAAGCGUACAAAGACCACCAACGACUACCGCGACUCCAAGUCAGGCAUUCUCGUUGCCACAGACGUUAUUGCCCGCGGCAUGGAUUUCCCCGGAGUCACAUCCGUGUUCCAAGUCGGCAUUCCCGCCGAUAAGGAGUCCUACAUUCACCGUCUCGGCCGUACCGCCCGCGCGGGUGCAGAGGGCCGGGGCAUCUUCAUUGUUGCCGAGGUCGAGGGGUUCUUUCCGCAAUGGACCCUCAAGGAGAUCACUUUCCAACCCCGUCCCGCCGACCUCUCGUCCGCCGAGGCAGUGUACGAUAUUGCAGAGCAGCGCAUCGACGAGGCGCAAAAGGCCAAGAUCUACCAGGCUUGGCUUGGCUACUACAAGAACUGGAUGAAGCCUCUCAAGUGGGACAAGGAUCAGCUCGUUGCUGAGGGCAACACUUUUGCCCGUGACGCGCUUGCCUGCCCCGAGACGCCCGCGAUCCAGAAGAGCACCAUUGGCAAGAUGGGUCUCCGUGGAACCAGAGGCCUGGUUGUUAUUCCUGACGCGCCCAAGAGCCGUCACGGACACCGCGGCGGCGGCGGCGGUGGUGGCGAAGGCCGUCCCGCUGGCUCUGGCGGCCGUGGAGGUGGUGGUGGAGGCGGUGGUGGUGGCCGCGGCGGUGGAAGACGUGGUGGACGUUUCUAG